AUGGGUCUACUCAAACUCGAAAACGACGGAAGCAUUCGCCUGACUAAAGACCUGGUGAACAACAUACCUCCAUAUGCCAUACUUUCGCACACCUGGGGCGACGACGAAGACGAGGUUACUUUUCAAGACAUGACAGAACAAACGGGAAGAAGCAAACGCGGGUAUCAGAAGAUCAAGUUUUGCUGUGAGCAGGCUGCCGAGGACGACUUGAAACACUCCUGGGUGGAUACUUGCUGUAUCGACAAAUUCAACAGCACCGAACUCAAUGAGGCUAUCAACUCCAUGUUCCGCUGGUACCAAGAUGCGACAAGAUGCUACGUUUACCUGUCCGAUGUCUCCAAGAGUGUCAAUCUACAAGUCGAUGAACUGUCACGACCAGUGUGGAAGUCGGGUUUCCGAAAUAGCCGAUGGUUUACACGGGGCUGGACGCUUCAAGAGCUAAUCGCACCGUCGUCAGUAGAGUUCUUCGAAUUCGCGGGCCACCACGGGAGGCGACCCGGACAGGCACGCGUGCUUCUGGUGGUAGUGCGACGUCGGGUCGAACAGACAGCCGCUGGUGUUGCAGACGCUCCACUUCGGGGAAAGUACCCAUACGUCGGUCUGAUAUUCACCCCUACAAACAACCGAGUUUACCACCCACUUCAAAGAAGCCAAAACGAUGUGUACGGUGUUACUACACCAAACGAAAGUGUGAACUAUUCGGUCAAUCGGGUUGUUCCGAGUGCACUAGAGCUCGCCUUCCGGGUACUGUGGAUGAUGCAGAUGUAG